AUGGAAGGCAGCAGCCGCUCACAACGGCUAAAUGAUCCGGCAGUAUAUGCGACAACGCAAGCUGCAGGCCAGAAUCCAGCGCGCCGGACUGGUAUUGACCGUUUCAGGCAGCAACCGCUACUAGCUGCACGCUCACCGAGCUCUGCACCGCAAGUUGGACGAGCUGAGGCCAAUGCCGGCUACGGUUUUGGAUAUGCUGAGCCCUCCCAGUAUGGCACGCCCGCCGCAUUGCCCACCAAUCCAAUGUCGUACCCAGCUACAGCAACAGCAGCCGCAUAUACACCCGAUCAGCCUCGGCCGCAGAAUACAUACACACAGUACGGGUCAAGCCUGAUGUACAACGUCCCGCAGCAACCUCAACCGUCGUAUGAUCCGACCCAGACCUACCAGCCACGGCAGUCAGCGGCCCUCGAGGUGCUGUCGACACAAUUUGGGGUUCCACAAUCAUACUUCGUGCCAGGCGAACCCGCUAGUGCGCAAGGAUCUGGAUUAACACCGCAACACGCGUCGUCUCAAUUCCCUUCUUUGCCUUAUUCCCAGCAAACCGCCGCAGAUCAGCGAGCUUCUGUUAGCCAGCCCUACUCUGCCGGGAUGCCAGAACUUUCAGAAACCGCUACAUCGGAAGCGUUGGAACAACAGCAGAAUCUUGCACAGGAACCAUCCAGCUAUGAUGAGGCAUACAAUCAAUAUCAGAUGGCGCUAAGGCAAACCUUUGAAAACGCUCAUCAUGGCCGACUUGUUGAGGCUGGACAGUCUCUGCUCCAGAUUUCCGAAUGGCUUCUCGGCCAUGCCGAAGAUUUGGGACUAGUUCGAGACGAGCAGGAGCUCCACAAUGACAGGAUCAAAUUAUGGACAGAGUUCAAUACCUGUUGGCUCGCUGUGCUUCAAAAACAAAAGGACAUGACGCAUGAUAUGCUCAACAGAGGGCUCCGGCCGCAACCGCCACAAAGCAUGCUUGGAGUCGAGUACUUGGAGAAGAUGGGAAGAGACCUUGUUCGGAUGUGUGAUCCCAUGGAACAGCAUGGCCUCGUCGAUUACCAAAUGGGUGUGUGGGAGGAACAAAUCAUAAGCAUCCUAUCUGAAUGUUUGGACCUCCUUGAAGAUGGCAGCGGUCAAGCGGCGGGCUCAGGGGAGAGAACACAAGUCUCCCAGACCUCUGCAUCUGGGCAUGGCUCAAGUGGCCGAUGA